GGCGCCGCGCGCUCGGGGCGGAGGGCAGCCGGGGCCCCGCUUCCCCCGGGGGCCGCGCUCGGGGCGGGGGCCAUGGCUCGGCCGGACCCGUCCGCGCCCCCGCUGUUGCUGCUGCUCCUGGCGCAGCUGGCCGGCCGGGCGGCGGCCGCCUCCAAGGCCCCGGUGUGCCAGGAGAUCACGGUGCCCAUGUGCCGCGGCAUCGGCUACAACCUGACACACAUGCCCAACCAGUUCAACCACGACACGCAGGACGAGGCGGGCCUGGAGGUGCACCAGUUCUGGCCGCUGGUGGAGAUCCACUGCUCGCCGGACCUGCGCUUCUUCCUGUGCUCCAUGUACACGCCCAUCUGCCUGCCCGACUACCACAAGCCGCUGCCGCCCUGCCGCUCAGUGUGCGAGCGCGCCAAGGCCGGCUGCUCGCCGCUCAUGCGCCAGUACGGCUUCGCCUGGCCCGAGCGCAUGAGCUGCGACCGCCUCCCGGUGCUGGGCCGCGACGCCGAGGUCCUGUGCAUGGAUUACAACCGCAGCGAGGCCACCACGGCGCCCCCCAGGCCCUUCCCGGCCAAACCCACGCUCCCAGGCCCGCCGGGGGCGCCGUCCUUGGGGGCCGAGUGCGCCGCGGGCGGCCCGUCGGUGUGCAAGUGCCGCGAGCCCUUCGUGCCCAUCGUGAAGGAGUCGCACCCGCUCUUCAACAAGGUGCGGACGGGCCAGGUCCCCAACUGCGCGGUGCCCUGCUACCAGCCGUCCUUCAGCCCCGACGAGCGCACGUUCGCCACCUUCUGGAUCGGCCUGUGGUCUGUGCUGUGCUUCAUCUCCACCUCCACCACCGUGGCCACCUUCCUCAUCGACAUGGAGCGCUUCCGCUACCCCGAGCGCCCCAUCAUCUUCCUGUCGGCCUGCUACCUGUGCGUGUCGCUGGGCUUCCUGGUGCGCCUGGUCGUGGGCCACGCCAGCGUUGCCUGCAGCCGCGAGCACAGCCACAUUCACUACGAGACCACGGGCCCGGCGCUGUGCACCGUCGUCUUCCUGCUCGUCUACUUCUUCGGCAUGGCCAGCUCCAUCUGGUGGGUCAUCCUGUCGCUCACCUGGUUCCUGGCGGCCGGCAUGAAGUGGGGCAACGAGGCCAUCGCGGGCUACGCGCAGUACUUCCACCUGGCCGCGUGGCUCAUCCCCAGCGUCAAGUCCAUCACGGCGCUGGCCCUGAGCUCCGUGGACGGGGACCCGGUGGCCGGCAUCUGCUACGUGGGCAACCAGAACCUGAACUCGCUGCGUGGCUUCGUGCUGGGCCCGCUGGUGCUCUACCUGCUGGUGGGCACGCUCUUCCUGCUGGCGGGCUUCGUGUCCCUGUUCCGCAUCCGCAGCGUCAUCAAGCAGGGCGGCACCAAGACGGACAAGCUCGAGAAGCUCAUGCUGCGCAUCGGCGUCUUCACGCUGCUCUACACCGUGCCAGCCGGCGUGCUGGUGGCCUGCUACCUGUACGAGCAGCACCACCGCGAGAGCUGGGAGGCCGCGCUCACCUGCGCGUGUCCGGGCGCCGAGGCGGGCGCGCCGCGCGCCAAGCCCGAGUACUGGGUGCUCAUGCUCAAGUACUUCAUGUGCCUGGUGGUGGGCAUCACGUCGGGCGUCUGGAUCUGGUCCGGCAAGACGGUGGAGUCAUGGCGGCGCUUCUCCGGCCGCUGCUGCCGCGCGCGGGGCCCCAAGGACGCGGGGGCGGCCGGGGAGCAGACGGAGGCGAGCGCGGCGCUCACGGGCAGGACCGGGCCGGGCCCCGCCGCCCACCACAAGCAGGUGUCCCUGUCGCACGUGUAGGGGGCGAGGCCGCGGAGGCCGGGGCUGAGGGAGGGCCGGGUGUGUUCGGCGGCUCUGCCGAGGUCACUUC